AUGAGUAAUUGUCUUGCUGGUUACGUGCUUUUGAUGUGGAGAACGGAGCGUUUUGUGGAUGACGGGGUGGAAGUUCGUGCUACAACUGCGGCGAACAAGGCCAUUUCUCGCGUGAAUGCCCCAAUGCGCGUGAUGGCGGACGCGGUGGCGGCGGCGGAGGUGGCUAUAGAUCUCGUGGCCAAGAAUGCUAUCAAUGUGGUGGAUCCGGUCAUUUCGCUCGUGAAUGCCCCUCAGGCGGUGGAGGUGGCGGCGGUGGCGGUG